AUGUCCUUGCUCUUUCCACUGCAUCCAGGCCCCUCGAAUACAGUGAGGGUGCUCGCCAACGCCGGCGUCACGGACGCGACCAGUAGGAAGACGAUGAGGAGGGCCGCUCCAACGGUCUGCUGCGGGUUGGUGCUGCCGGCCAUAUCCUUCAGUAGCGGGACGGGAAGUCCUUUCUCCGGGAUUAGGUGAAGGGCUACGAGGACGUGGGAAGAGGUCUGACUGCCUUGUGAUGAGAUCCAUUGCUGUGCCCAUUUUAUAGGAUUUUUGUGGAGCUGUAGAAGAUGAUGAAAACUUUUGUACGUCACGUACAUCAUUCAUUCAGACCGUGAUAAGCGGAAGUCGACCUUUUGUCGUUCUGGUGCCUUUCGGCAUUCUCAUCUGACGGCUUCUUCACGUUACAACUCUUUUGCGUCGUCAGUUGCCCCGCACGUUCUUCGCAGACGGUUUUGUUGAACUUGUAACCCACCGAAUACCCGAUGACUGGUGCUGGAAGAAAAGCUUAGAUGACUAGUGUGACAGAACACGCGUUUGAAGGAGAACUUGUCCCGGGAUGAAGAAAUUCGGUUCCGUUCGUUGUUAAAGCAAUGCACCUUCUCGCUUUCACUACGCGUCUGCGCUACUACUCUACGCAGCACUCAGCUGGUCAAUGUAGAACUCUCUUUGGAUUUAAUUUCUUGUAGUCUUUCUCUGCGUCGCACGUGCGUGUUGUAACCUUCCUUCGCAUACACCUUCAGACACAUGGCCCUCAUAGAGAGUUGGCUAUUUGCAAGUCUCCUCCUCUCUCAGACCAUUCUAGGCCCCGUCACUUUUGCCCAGUCAGAUACAUAAUAAACAUUAUUAUCUGAAAAACAACCAAAACAUCCGAAAAACGUCAAACUACCUUUCAAAAUGGGUGCCAUUUUGAAAUGCAGUGACCAUUCAAAACCAUGUACGCUCUCCAACCUCAACUAUCCUCCAUCAAACCAGACGUGAACGAAUUAUAGUCUAACGCACUGACAGUUUCCGUCCACAACGGACAAUUGGCUCUACGGAAGACGAAGAUCAACAAGACCGUCUGAGAAGAUCGAUCAUGUGGGCCAGCACCAGAUGAGAAGGACUGGUGAUGUGAAAGGGCUACCAGAUGCGAACGGAGAAAGUUUUGGUCGCAGGAAGUCAGAUAACUACGAUCGGCCGAUUUCCGGCGACCGGGGUGAGAGGCGUGACGUAUCGAACUUUUGUCCAUGCUUCAAAAUCUCUUUCUCAACCUUAUAAAACCUGCAAACACUAGGCGUUUUUAAGUGCACAACCAGAUUUUCCUCGCACCCCUAAAACCCUUGCGCCAAUCCUCGAGGAAGAACUCUCCGUCAACUGCUGCAAGAAGAUAUGGCAGCCAGUAGCAAUUGUCUGCCCGCCAUGGGAGCGGCCGUUCUCCUCAUGCUCAUCGCGGCCGCAGCCGUCCUGCCGGCGUCGGCGAGUACCCUGACUGUAUUCGAGGGGCCUGGGUGCAGCGGAAAGAGUAAAGACAUCACCGGCUGUGGCUGCUUCGACCUAGAGAACUACAACGGGGGGUUCCACUUCGUUUAUACAGAGGGCCAGACCGCAGAGCUUAAAGUUUCCCAUGACUGCACAACCCGGGAGUUCCCCGAGGUGCUCGAGCGGGAGACCCGGAGCUGCAUAUCCAAUGACUACAAAGGUGUGAACAUGCUUUGUUAAAUGUACUGGGUGAUCGAAGCUCUGGCGAGCAGGGGAUCAACCACGUGGAAUGAUAAUGAGAAAUAAAGAUAUGGUGCUACUCCUUGCGCACCAGGCAGAUUGGCGUAGCCUUAGGGCCUCUGUACCUUACGUGCGAAAUGAACAUCUUACACUUUGCUCUCUUCUGCUAUUAAUAAUUAAUUUCUUCGUCAUGACAAAACAGUACCAGAGUAUCUGACUAUUAUUUUCUCACGUGUAUCUGAACUGCGAAGUUUCCGCUUUCAGAAGCCGCUGAGUUUAGUCUCAUUUUCUCGCUCUGUGCGCGUAUAUCCGUAUUUAUACCUAGAUCCUAUCUCUUUAGGAAUCCCCAUGAUAAUCGAAGUACGCUGAGAUUUCCUUUCUUAAUCUCGUCAACAUUAUUUCAUCGGUGAAACGAUAAGCAGCUGGCUGCCACUUACCCUUCUGAUCUUAAUCCCCCGCGUACAGACAGGACGUUGGACACGAGCGGGAAAUGUUAUCCACGUCUACCCAUGUGUCUGUCGCGCCUAGGUCGUACAAUGCCAUUCGUAGGGUGUUUUUCCCCUGAAAACCGUCCACUGUUGAAUAUUAUCCGGGAGGCACGACCAGUUCAUCCGAUUCUACGCGUAUCUGCACGUCAUGUUGAGAUCUUUCGCUCCUUAGUAUGUUAGUGGCCACAGUUUCUAGAAGAACCUCAUUAAUGCCGGGGAAGAAAUGCUGCGCGGUUGAUCGACGGGAAGCUACAAAAAUGACGACUUCGUUCCAGGGGAUGGAUUUGAUCCGCGACCUGCACUCAGAUUUGCUGUUAAUGGGCUCUACAGAAGUUUUGACGGAGAUUCAAUUAUAUCAACAGCACGUGGCUUCCCCGAUGGUAGUUUCAUAAAGAGGAGAUGAGGAGGGUGGUAGGGUGCCAUCGCGUAGCCUACUCCUAUUCCAAACUUCAGAAAUUGAGUGAAAUUUAGCCAAUUCCAGGAGUAGAACAGACCUACUAAGCAUAAUUAGGUCGGACUCUUCCUAGAGUGUUUUUCAACAUCAGAUCGUGGGAAUUUUGAACAUCCAAAACUGACCUGCAUUAGUUGCUUAAUGCGAAAACAUGGGGAACAUUACAUUGAACCGAUUUAGCCGACCGAGGGAGAGUAUGCUUGGAGAUGGAAUGAAGAAUUUGCAGUCAGCGGAUUAGGGUCGACCUGCAUCCUAGUAGAAAGUUAUCCCGUCAACUUGUUAAAACUUCCCUGGAUACGAAGGACACCGAUUCGUCUACCGGCCUGAAGCCCACAAAGGAGCGGCGUCACCAGAAGUCUGUUGUAUCCUAAAACCAGCCAUGACCGGUUAGCUGCAUCCUCGUGUUGUAAUCGGUUACGAUUUUAAAGAUCGAGGAAACCCACUUGCGCUGAGGUAUGGGAGAAGCAUUUGGCGGGUUAAGCGUUGUAAGCUAUGGUGCGUUUCUGAUCAAUAUAGCAUAACCGAUGGUUAUCUUCUCCUGUCGCAACUCUUUCGGGAAGCAAAAGCUGUAAUCAGAAGGUGAUCUUAUUCCCUAUUUCACCUUCAAUCUUUCCCAGGCUUCGAGUUUUGAAACACCCAACUUGUAUCGGUACCAUGCUUGAAAGCUGUUCGGAAUGACCCUCUCUAUUGGCGAUGGCAUAAGCAAAUGAGAUUUUACAGGCAAGCAACUCUACGCAUUUCCAGGUGGUCGUCAGCUAUUAGUUUAACACGACUUGAUAUUAGGGCAAAAAGUUUAUUUUCAGACCUCCACGUUCCUUUUCAACUCUCACAAUGAUCAAUACCGGACUUGGAUGUAAAUAGGCGUUUCAAAUAGUGCUAUAUUGGUGUUUAGGAGGAUAAACAAGGGAAGCAGUGGCAUCGGCGAUACGUGGAUCAAAGUUGACCAGGAAACUGAAGGUUACACGGCGGACACAGAAUGAGAACCUGGACAAGGGAUGCUACCGACGAGCAAUUCUCUUCCGAUUUCGCACGGGUAAGUGGGACUUUUGAAACAUGAAAGUUGAACGGAUAAGCUGUCCCCGGGGAACAAUGGAAAACGAGGUCCCAGUGGAUUAUACGCCACCAACCCUCUUUCCAUCCUGCUCGCAAGACACCACGUCGGCGUUGUUAUCUUCGACGAGGUCAAGUUCAACAAAACCGCGACGUGGCGACAAGGCCGAGGAAGCCCCAAUAAAGACGGAACCGCUGCAAACACGAGGGGUCGCAAUUCAAAGAAAAGACAGGGAAGACACAGCGUUUACGUCUUCUUUGGUGACCAAACGACAGACAAUGUUGAAUUUAUCCCAGGACUUGGUCAGGUCCCAGGAAUCGGCUAUAAAGAGGUCCCCAGCAAGAGCCAGGGCUCUUCACCGCUCCAUAUCCGUUCCUUUGCCAAUCCCCUGCCAAAGACUACCGAUUCCCCUCGUUAAGAAGAUAUGGCCACCACCAGGAAGGCUGCCGCAGCUGCCGUUCUCCUGCUGCUCGUCGCAGCUGCCGCCGUUGUGCCGGCGUCGGCCAGUACCCUGACGGCGUUCUCUGGCCCGGGAUGCGCCGGGAGAACAAAGGACGUCAACGGCUGUGGGUGCUUCGACAUCAGCGGGUACCAUGGAGGGUUCCACUUCGUGUUUACUGAGGGCCAGGAUGCCACGCUGUACACAGGCUCCUACUGCGAUGGCAACUCUGUCUCCCUCUACAAAGAGACCCGCCGAUGUGAACGCAACAAGUUCAAGAGCAUCUAUAUGGUCUGCUGACCGGGCUCAUAGAGCGCCAAUUUAUGAAUAAAUAAGCCGCAAACGUUGCGCGACGAAAGGACACGUCUUUGCUGCUUUACUGUAUUGGAAUCCUCGCGCGCCGUCUCAUCGCGCUGAUUUUCAUGUAUCAAUAAGGAAUGUCGGUAAAUAAGCCACGCCAGCUUUCACUUUUUCAUGAUUUCUUCAUUUUAGGAAAAUAAGCGUUCGAUCCGUUAUAUGAGGAUUCUUUACCGUUAAACUUAUUCGAUCAAUCAAGAGAUUCAUUACGUUUUUGAUAGGCUUCUACAGUUUUUCUGGAAAGAGCGCGGCUGUUAUUUAGGAUUCUCAACGAUUUUACAAAUGGGGAACUCUUUUAAAGUUCUUCGAGGAGCUCUACAUACAGAUUGUCCGUCAUGCGUUUAGCACCAUUGUAAUCUAAAUGGUAGUAGUGGAACUGCGGGAACCAGUAAUACCUCAAGUGACCUGCCAACCCUUACCAUACUAAUGUCCGCGGUUUCAACUAUCAUUUAACUUGUGUGAUGUCGCUCGUAGCAUCGCGCUGAUGCAAUUUGUUAACGAGAGAAUUUACGUAAAUGAGGUACUCAUCUUCGUGAGAGCAGGUUCUGACAGGUCUCCCACGUCUUAACCCAUGUUCCGACAUCCAACGUUUGAAAGGUCACCAUAGUAAGUGAUCACAUCCUAACGACGUUCGGCUUGUAAAAGAAUUAUUCUUCGGACUCUUAAUAGUUGGACUGUUACCUGAAGGAGCUUCACCGGCAUAGCCAAAAAACUCACGAUACUUACGAAAAGUGUCACUUAAUGAUUCUUAUAUCGCGCUGGGCUAUUACCAACCUAACCUCUUUCAAAUCGACUGCGUUACACAGGCUUCGCACCGCUGAGCGGAAAGCAUGGACACUGUUCAGUAAUCAACCCAUCUAAGGUAUGAAUCGUCUCGUCUCUUUCACUUAUUCGAUCCGCUUCCACAAAACAAUUGCGUUCUGUUUAGACUUUUGUAUCAGUUCUGCUGGUCUCCUAUGACUAAUUAUGGACUAAGGCCAGUGACAGAUCGGCAAGAAAUAAAACCAUAAAGGAUUCCGUUAUGUUGGAGAAAGAGUUUGACCCAUUGUUGAUGUCUCCCAUCUUCUGUGGGUUCGGUGUUCUAUGUUCCCCCAUGUCGAGAGGAAAUCUGCAAUUCAUGUAUAUCGAUCUUUGGUGUGGUUGCUCUCACUACCCUCGCAUCUGCUCCGGUCCCACUUUCGGCUAUAUCUAAAUUAAUCUGGUGUACUCUGUCCUCUAUAGGGUAAAUUUAUCGGAGGGUAUUUUACAAAGGGCGUAAUAUGCUAAAAAACAGGUGAGAUUGUUGGGUUCAACGUUUCACGACAGAGAAAUAAAAUCCCAUAAAGACAAACGCCAAUGUUGUUUAGCAGAAAAUGCUGUAGAAGAGCUGCACAAUGACAUUUAUUUCCCCCAUGUUUAUCUGCCAAUUUGUUUCCUGUUAGUGUUACACAUCGCCAUGGUCAAUUACAUACGAUGACAAUAUACUGAAGCAAAAGAAUUAAUGUAGUUUAAUGGUGUAUGAUCGAAUAGGUAGGAACCGCUAAAGUCAAUCUUGCUUUUGUAAUAACAGAGUAGUACAAGACCUACUCAAUAUCAACACAUUAUGAGUAUUGGAAGGGACUAAGGUAACUAUAAACAAAUAUCAUUACUAAUCUAAAUAAACUUUAGAUUGCAGUUAAUUUUUUUUCACUGCAUGCUCCUAGAAAAGUAAUCACCUCUUACUAUUGACUCAAAUUAUAUUAAAAGAACACAGAAUAACAAGAAAUAGCAAUGAAACCAAAACCUACAAUCACCACGAACGAGCUGUUGGUUCAUCCAAACAAUACCCCUGAGAUCUUGGUACUUGAUUGUUUGGUCGCAUCAGACGGCCCCAUAUAAUGCUCCAGUAAGCUACAUGUGAUGAAAAUUUAUAGUGGCUCUUUGGCACAUAAUUGUCAGGUUGACUCCCGAUGCUUAAAAAUCGGAAAUCUUUUCUAUACUGCAAAAUAAAAUCUUUACCGUUCUAUGAGCAACUGCUUGCAUGCAUUCACUGCCUCUAUAUUGAAACAUUUAUUGAAGAAGAUGUAAAUGAAAAUCUGUUGUAUUUUUCUUUAUACUUCGCUUUCAAAGGAUCAGCUUUUACAUGAUUUACCAAAGGCUAUAAUAGUUUAAGAUAUACUUUAUUUUCUCCUAACUUCAUUCAAAGGAAUUUUUAUAACAUGUAGAUGUCUCUUUAAAGAAGUUGUGGAUGUACUUUUUAUAGCUUAGCUGUCAUUUCUACCUUGUGAGUUAGUGAAACUAAAGAUGACCUAUCAGAAAAGUGCAGUUAAUUGUAGAAAUGAAAUGUGUCGGUGUUCUCAUCUGUCUUAGAGAAAUAGCUACAAUUAGUUGAACAUUAUCAAGGAGACUCACAAGUUGCGACAGGUGAGGAAAAUUUUCAAUAUGUACUCUGACAAAAAUUUUGCUCAAGCAUUCCAGACGCCCUUACCUCUACUUCACUGCACCUAUCUGCAUCUUUGCCUAACUUAUGUGUCUAUGUGAGUGUAUAUCACAGUUUCAAGUCUCAUCAUUUUCAAUAGAUAUAAUUUCUUCUUUUAUUGUUUUGUCUCUCAACUUUGCCUUGAGUUCCUCAUAGCAUGAUGGUUCUAUAAGUAUAAGAACAAAAACAUAUGAUUCAUAUAUUUUACAUAAGUUUCAUACCUUUCUUAGAGGGUUAAUUGAUUCUGAAGUAGAAUCAUUAUGAUGUUUAAACUUAAUAAAAUUAAAUGUGAAUUUUCCUGAUCAUCUUGCUUACAAAAACCCUGAGAUAAAAAUUUCUUCCUCUAAAUCGAAAGGGUCAUUACAAGAUGCCCACUUGACAUUUUUACAAGAACUUUAAAGUGUAUUAAUUUUUCAAAUAGUCUAGAUUUUUGAACCAAAACGUAUACCCAACUUAUGUGAGUAACAUCAUCAAUGAUCAAUUAAAAAUAUGAGAUAUUGUUUAAUGUUAGAGUAUUUAUCAGACCAUAAAUAUCAACAUAUAAUUAUUCAAGAGGCAAGCUUGAUCUAAAAACUUUGGUAUGUUUGUCCUAAAUGUAACUGACCUUGGUUUUAACACUUAGCAUUAGAAAAAAUAUUUAUUAAUUAUUUUUGCUGAUUUAUUGAAUAUCAUUUAUUGUAAAUCUAUAAAUGUCCUUUGUUUCAACACUUAAAUAGGAAAAAAAAUUAUAAAUCAUUUUUCAAUGAUUUACUAAAUAUCAAUACUUUAUAUACAUUACAAUAAUUUACAUCACAAAUAGAAUAUCUUUCAGAAAUAUUCAAAGUAUAUGCUAAUGAUCUUUGACACUAACUAAUAACGAGUUCAAGGAGUUACACUCUUGAGAUAUCAUCUUAUGUCUAAUUCAGGUUGUGUAAUAUUAAUGUAGUGCAGAACAACAUGUGUCAACAUGUUUGACGAAAUCUGAUGAAUAUUUUUGAAAAAUAAAGUUACCUAUAGGAUUGAAAUGUGAUACUUGAGUAUUGUGAAGAUAGAAGCAUUAGCACAGAAAAUGUCUCAAAAAUGAAAGAACCAUAGUGUCAAAUGUUGGAUUCAAACUAAAGAAGUAAGUUUUAAGAAGUCAAAAAAAAUGAUGGCUGAAAUAUUUGAAUAUACUGUAGACUAAAGUAUUGAUAUAAUUUUAAAUUGAGAUCACUAUAGUGACACUGUGGAAAAUUGAUCAAAUAUUUAAACUAAAAUAAUACAAUUAGUGACUAAAGUAGGAUUUGAUAUCUGGUCUAGAUAUCUGCUGAGCUGAACCGUUUGCAUGAAGCUAUCAAGGAAGUAGAUAAAUAUUUGCCAAGUAACUUGCAUGGUGAUACCUGAAAAUUCUACGUGGAGAAAAUGACAAAGCAAAAUAAGUAAUUUUAACUGUUGAAAUAUCAUGAAUCUCUAGAAGAAAGCUUUGAAAAUCAUCUAAGAGAAACCUGCAUGUUCUGAAGUAAAGAAAAACUCAAAGUUAGUCUUAACAAUUGACAAAAUCAUUAGAAGAGUUCAUUGACCAAAUCAUUAGCUCAAUAAUUGUAUCCAAGCUUGACCUUGAAGAUAAAGAUGUCCAUUGACCAACUAGAGAAUCUCCAAACAUAUUAUCAAUGACAACCUACAUGCAAAUAAAAAUAUUUGAGUUGAAGCAUGACAAAAGGUUAGAAGCAUAAAUUAUGGAUGGUAACUCAUCAGCUGAAUACUUCAUAGCCAUAUCAAACCCAAUAUUAAACACAUUCUUGACCGACAUCAUUAUUGACUAUAAUAGAUCACAAAAUGAAAAUCAUAUUUUUGUGAUGUAAUACUUUCAAAAAUUCUAUAAUGUAAAUGCUAAUAUCAAGAACUAUUUUUUUUUUUAAUCAUUACAAACACAACAAGUCUUGAAAUAUCAAGAAGAAAAAUUCAUUUCCUAGCCAUGAAAGUAAACAUAAGAGACAUUCAAUUUUUCUUACUCUUAAUAACAGAUGUAUCCUCUUUGGAAUGAAAAGUAUAAUCUCAUUUCAUCAGUUGACCCACAUUGAGUACAUUACAUGCUAAUUUUGGAACAAAGUAUACAUCAUUAAUCAAUUCAUUUUCAUGUAACGUUUUUACAACAACUCUGGUGUUAAUACCUUCAAUUUGAACACUAUUCUUAUCUUCAGUUAGAACUUCAUACUUCAGAGAUGUAUUUAUUUUAUUUUAUAUUUUAUGUUGAAUAUUACCAUUAUCAUACCCUUUACAUACAAAAUUAGAUAUAUUAUACCUUCUUCCUUAUCUGCAACUAUGGAAAGCUCAUCUUCAAAGAUUUCUCUUAUCAUGACAUUCAUUAGAUUUGACUUCUUUCUUUUUAUGUUUUAAUUUUUUUUAGUUUUAUCCUAAAUUCUGACGUAAAAGAAUGCUCCAUGAGUCUAUUCAUUUUUUCUUCAUGUGUUUAUAAAAAACCUAUUGAUACCAUAAGUAUAUAGACAAGCCCAUAUACUCUUCAAUAGCUAUAAUAACAUUAUAAAAGUCAAAUAGAGUGGUUCUCAAUACCUUUAUAACAUUUUUCAUUUCAGUAAUAUAUUCCCAAAUUUUAUUGUCUAAUUAAAAAUAAAUGAAACAUGAUAGAAAAAUUCUUGAACAUAUUCACUAGAUUUUAAUAAAGACAUUUUCAAUUUUUUAUAGAGAGUUGGAAAUUUUAUUCUUGUAACCUUAUUACCUUUAUAAAAUAUAACUUUCAAAAUUUACCUUUAUCAUUUCAUAGAAAAAAUAGCCUCUAAUAGGACAUGUUGUAAUAUGAAUAAGGCCUUAGCAUCUUCCUUACAAAGUUCCUUACCAUGUUGUAUUGAAUUCUUCCCUCUUUAUGGCCAUUCUCAACUAACUCUCAUAACUCAUGCAAAAUAAACAAUAUCCUGAUCUUAAUAAUUCAAGAUUCAUAUUUCUCUCGAUUAUAAAAUGACAUAAGAUUAUAAAAAGUUCAGAGGGUAACCAUUCAACAUACUCGCAAUCAAUUGAGUAAUAUCUUCCAAAAGUCCUCAUGCAAGUAGCUCAUGUCCUUUGCUACAAUAAAAAAUCUUCAUGACUUUACUAACCUCUUUCUCGAAGCUCUGAUGACGUUUUUAUGACCUCCUUGGCAAAAAAUAUCAAACAUGAUGAACCUAAGUUUCUGAUCGUACUUUUUAAGGAAAAAAGGCUACAAAUAUGGAGACAAUGUCUAGAUUUUGAAAAUAAAUUGAUUGAAAGAGAGAAUAGCAUCACUCUUUUAAAAUCUAAGGUUCAAGCAGGAUUCGUGUAGUAUCAAUUUGUUUCACAAGAGCCGGGGUUUCCAGUUUUCCCAGUACAAAUAUGGGAAGCUGAAUGACAGUCAGCGUCAUCUGACGCAACUGAGGGGCCGAUAAUAACGUGAUAAUCCAAACCAACCGCGUGCUGUUAUCUUCAUCCCCACAUCAGACGGGUCGACCAGAUGGAAUCAUUGGGAAGAGAGAAGCUUCCAACCCCAAACGGCUACGCAUCGUCUCUCUGUAACUAUCUUCUAUGUUGCGAAAACUAACGACCGAGAGCAACUGAAGUUUCUUUCCCGUCCAUUUAAUUUAUUAUUAUGGGCGAGCCGAUCAGUAGCCAGAGAAGGUGGACCCAUUACCCACAGAAACCUCAUUUGACUCUGAUCACCAGGGCUAGUUGUGUGACAGCAAAACAAUCGCAAAAUAAUCAAAGGCCUCCUUGCUAAUUUAUUCGAGGUAAUUUCCAACGGUCAGUCAGCCCAUGGGUACAUUACUGACUGGCAACUCCCGUAGCGCCAUCAGCUUUUUAUUUACUCUGGGCACUGUCUUGCCCAGAACUCGUGGAAGUGCUCGUUCAGCAGCUCAUAUAGAUGCUCUUGAAGUUGUUGGGUUUGCAUCGGCGGGUCUCCUUGUAGAGGGAGACGUAGGAUCCAUCGCAGUGGGAGCCCUUGUACAGCGUGGCGGCCUGGCCCUCGGUGAACACGAAGUGGUACCCUCCCUGAUAGCCGCUGAUGUCGAAGCACCCACAGCCGUUGACGUCCUUGGUUCUCCCGGCGCACCCCGGGCCAGAGAACGCGGUCAGGGUACUCGCGGACCCCGGCGCAACGGCGGCCGCUGCGACGAGCAGCAGGAGAACGGCAGCCAACGCGGCCUUGCUGGGGGUGGCCGCCAUAUCUUCUUGACGAGGGGAGUGGGUAGUCUCUGGCUGCGGGAUUGGCAAAGGAAUGGAGAUGGAGCGGUGAGAGUCCCUGGUUCCUGCUCGUGUCCUCUUUAUAGCCGGUAUCUGGGGCCUGACCAAGUCCUGGGAUACAUUCAGCAUCGUCUGCCGUUUCGUCAUCAAACAAGAUGUGAAAACUUGGUCUUCGCUGCUUUCAGUUUUUGUCUACGUCGUUUCUUUCUGAUGGCGAUCCGACGCGGCUUGUUGGGAAGGCUCGGUGUUCGGCGCAGUUGCGUCAUAAUUGUGGCUUCCUCGAGCAUGUCGCCACGUCAGGGUCUUGUUGACCUUGACCCCGUCGCAGAUGUCUGCGGAGGCAACGAGGAUUGAAAAGGGGUGGGUGGGGCGUAAUCCACCGGGGACUCGUUUUCCGUGUUGCCCCGCUGACACCUUAUCCGUUCCAACCCUCCGCUAAAGUUGAGAAUGGAUAAAAUGUCUCGCUUCUUCAAAAUAUUUCCGUGGAAGAGUUUGACCGUUCGACGGAUUAGGCAGCGUCUUCUUAUCAGAGCAAGUCGGCGAACCCGAUUUGUCCACAUUGGGGAUUCUGACCACAACCGCCGAAACAUUAUCCCAGCGCUCCGAAUCGCUCCCACGGCGGACGGGGCUGAUGACAGCAGCACAGGUACUUUUAGGGAUCGCGUUUUCUUUAAUCACGGCUCGCAGUUUUCCACGGAGAAACUAUUUUUCAAAUGGCCCCAGCAGGGACUGCUCUAAGCUGUCACCUUGCCUACAUUGGGAAUUUGUUACGUUGAGCACGUCGGAUAUUCGCCAGAUUUUGUUGAACCCGAAGAGCUUACUAAUUGUCAACUACUCGCAGCAUUCUGAAAUACGAGUAUCUAGAAGCGUACGACGCAACUAGUGUUAUCAUUUUCUUCAUUCUAAGUAAGGACGUCAGAUGUACGAACGUAGGAAGCUCCCAACGGUCAGAAGAGAGGGCCCGUCAGUAGUUGGGCACGUGACACACUUAAUGGGCAGGUCGCCUAUUCAUUCCAGCCGAAAGAGCCACGUUUCAGCUCGUGGCGGGAGACAAGACGAGGAGCCAAUAAAACGAGAGAGCAUGUCCGCCUGCCCAAGCGCCAGGACGGUGGAAAGCCACUGGGGGUUCAGCGGCAAACGGAAGGAGGCUGCGUCCUUGGGCUUUACUGCGCCAUUGAGCUCGCCGUCGCUGCUGGAUGCGGCGUGUGCGAACUAUAACAGUGGAGAGAGAGAAAAGGCACGUGGGAUGAAGACAAGUAUCUAACCGGAGCAUAACUCUCUCCACGAGAAAAUCAGAUUAACAGCAGCUCUCUUGCUUGAUGGAAUGAGAGAGUCUAUUAAAUGAGCAUGAUGAUGUAAUCCUUGAAUCCCUCAUGGCUCUCUUCUUUCUAUCACUUGGGUCUGAGAGAGCCUAUUAAAAUGAGCAUGAUGAAGUUUUAUGACCUUCCUGUUUAACGCUGUAAUCUUAUUACCGAUUGGUUUUUGAUAUUUUUCCCUCUUCGAUUUGACGAUUUGUCAUGUAUAUUUUCAUGUUGAAUAUCAUUCAAAUGACCGUUUAAACUUAUUAUGAUUCGAAACAUGCUUGAACUGUUCAUAUACUGCAUUUCAUUCUUCUUUAUCAGUGACUCCGAGUACGCUUGCAUUAUAUGACAUUGUGAAAUAAUUUCGCGUAAUACUAUUAGGGAAAAGUUGUACCAUUCUGCGAUAUCUGCGAAGCUCACCCGAGAUUUAAGUUCACCAACCGUCCCUCAUCUCGUGCUGCCGGGGCCAUGUCGGUAACCUUUUCAUACCACCAGUCGUUCACGUCUAGUGAUGGCCCACAUGAUCUUCUCAUCCGGACUUUUUGAAUUUCUAGUCUUUCGUAAAGCCCACAAUCCGUGCCGAACAAAGUGCAAUUCGUUCACGUCUGGUCUGAAAUUAAAUUGUUGAGACUGGAGAUCGUACAUGAUUCUUAGUGGUUCACUCCUUUCAAAGUGGCAAACAUUUUGAAUGGUACUUUGAUGGUUCUGAUUUUAUGCUAGUUUUUCAGGUAUUAACGAAUCGUACGAUGCUCCGAGAGCAGAGCUGCGCAGCUCUUCGAAGAAAACCUGCAAAUAGCCGACUUCCUAUGAGGGCAACUUGUCUGAAGAUGUAUCUGCCGAAUGAACGUUACAAGACGCACGUGCGGCUCAAAGAAAUACUACUAGAAACAAAAUUCAAAGAUUCUUCAAUAUCGAACAGAUGAGUAUUGGGUAAAGUAGAGCAGAAACUGGUGGAAACCAGAAGGUGCACUGCUUUAAGGACGAACGGAUUUGAAUUUCCUACUCUAGGGACAAAAUUCUCGUACAAAUUAAAAGUUUAUGGUUGAGCACGGGUCAUCGGGUACUCGGUGGAUCUAAUGUUCGACAAGGCUGUCUGCGAAGAAUGCACGGGGGCAGCCGGCGACGCAAAAGACGAGUGACGUUAAGAAGCCGACAGAUGGGAAUGGAAAAAUGCCCCCGAAUAACGAACCGUGGACUUCUUUUUAUCGCUGUCUGAAAGAUGAUUUGUUGAGUACGGAACUUAUCUUCAACCUAUGAAGAAGAUAAGAAAGAAGGAGAACGUGAUAUAUAUAUAUAGAGAGAGAAUGUAGACAGAAAAUAUAGAAAUCGUAUUACUCUCUCGUAUAUCUAUUACAAAGGUAUGUUCAUCAAUUUAUAGAGGAAUCGGGAGUCCCGUUGGGAGAGUGCCGUUGCAGCCUUCAAGGGGAAGAUAAGUUGGAUCAUUCGCAGGCGGACCGGCCGGUACGAACUGGUCCUGGGAGUUGUAACGUCUUGAUUUAACCAUUCGCAGGCGGACCGGCCGAUUCUCAUCCACUUGGAUCUUCUUCUUCAAUAGCCCCUCGCAAGCUCUGUCUCGAAACGAGAUUGAGCUUGUUGAAGAGAAGCUUGAACCGAGCUUUGGGAAGAGCUUUUGUGAGUAGAUCUGCGUGCUGAUCGGUGCUGGAGAUGAUGCAGACUCGGAGAUGUUUAGAGAGAACUUGUUCCGGAACAAAGUGAUAAUCAAACUCCACAUGCUUUGUGCGAGCAUGGAAGAUUGGAUUAGCUGUAAGAUAAGUGGCACCAACAUUGUCACACCAUAGCGUGGUUGGUGAAGUGAACGGAAUUCGCAAUUCCGUUAGGAGAGAACGAAUCCAUAGGAGCUCAGCUAUAGUGUCUGCAACGGCUCUAUAUUCUGCUGCCGUGCUGGAUCGUGCAACCGUUGGUUGUUUCUUGGAGGACCAUGAAACGAGAUUAGUGCCCAAAAAAAUGAGGUACCCUCUUGUGAACUGACGAUCUGAUGGUGAGCCUACACAGUCUGCAUUGCUGAAGGCCGUGUGAGAAAGAGAUGGACUGUGCCGGAAUAGAAGGCCGUGGAGGAUGCUGCCUUUCAAAUAUCGGAGCAGGUGCUUGAGGUUCACCCAAUGUUGCGUAGAGGGAGCAUGCAUUGUUUGACACACUUUGUUGACUGCAAAGGCAAUGUCAGGUCUUGUGAUUGUUAUGUACGGAAGUGCCCCGACAACACUCCGAUAUACUGAUGAAUCAAAUGAGCCUACAUGGUUACUGGAUAAAGAGGAGACAAGCCAUGGAGUGGCCGUUGGUUUGCUUUUAUCCAUGUUAAUUUGCAUUAAGAACGAGUGUAUAUAAUGUGAUUGUGAAAGUACAAACCCAUUUGGGUGAGGUAAGAAUUCAAUGUUUAAGAAGUAGUAAGCAGGGCCUAAAUCUGUUGGAAAGUCUUCGGACUAGAAUUGAGGUGUUGGUUUGUUGUAGGGUAAGAAAUUCAGUUUGCAUUGCUUUAUACCAGUGAGUAUUUUUAAGAAUAGUGGUAUGUGAAAUACGUUCUCGAUCAACUGAAGCAAUUGCGAGCAGACAUGUGGGUAAUAGAUGUUGAAUGGUAAGAUUGGUUGUCUUGGGAUAAAAGUUAGAAAGAGGUUUAAUUUUAAUGGGGCCACAAGACUCAUUGAUGGUGAGGCCAAUAGAUGGGGAAGAGUCUCAGGAAUGGUCAAGAAUAGAGGGAUAAAUAUUCUUAAGUGGGGCAGUGGGUGUUGAUAGAAAAUGAGGUAAAUUGUUAGUCUAAUGAAUGAGUAUUAGAGGGAGAAGUUAUGUUAGGUGUUGAAGAUGUUGUCGGGAAGUGGGGGCUGUCAAUGGAAUUGUAGGUGGUAGUAUUUGGGUGAGUUGACUUAGUUGUCAUGGAGGAAGAAAUGUGUGUGUGAAGAGAUGGAAUAGAGAGCUGUGUUGAUCCAAAUGUAAUGGGGGCUGACUCGAGGAUUCCAUCAAAGGGUUUCAAGGGUGGUGGAAUAUCAGCCAAGUUUUUGUAAGAAAAUAUGUGUUCAUAAAAAAUAACAUCACGAAAAGUAAAGAGUUUAAUUGUGGUAAGGGAGAGACAACGAUACCCAAAAUAAGAUGAACUAUACCCUAGAAAAAUGCACCUUUCAGAUUUAGACAUAAGUUUGUUAAUGGCAUAAGCACGUAGGUGAGGAUAACAUAAGCACCCAAAAGACUUCAAGAAAGAAUAAUCAGGUUUGGUUGUAUAAUGUUUUUCAUAGGGAUUGGAGAAUGGGUUGGCCAGAUGCUGUGAGCUCAUCACAGAUUUCUCAAAGAUCUUAAAUAUAAAUAUCAAGGGAUUGAGUUCCUCUAUUGAUGGUGUGGAACUUGUUGUAUAGAUUCAUGAUCUGAGAUUGGCUGCAAGAGGCAAAUUUUUUGCAUAGAACCUCCCAUACUACUUUUGAAGUGUUCUUUCCCACGACAAUGAGCAGCAUUGACUUGGAUAGUGAGGAAUUGAUCAAGGUUAGGAUGCACUAAUCACAAUUCCAUUAUUACUGGUAUUCCUCACUAACUUGAUGUUGACCUUGAGCAUGUGUUGUGGUGACUACUAGUAGAUCUUUCUCGAGUAUAUACGUCAGUCCAUAGCUAUUAAGAAUCAGUAAUAGCUACAUCUUCCAAAGAAGGAAAUUUUCACAAGUAAACUUUAAAGAAAUGGUCAUACCUGUAGAGAGAGUUGUAUUCUGCAGUUGUAACACAAUAAGGUUGUGAGACUAAGCAGAUUUGGUUGCCAAUAAUGUUGAGAGAGCUUCAGCUAUCUUGAAUCAAGUGUCAUGUUAUGAUGAAUCAAGAUGAGGUGAUUAAGCCAACUGGCUUUGAUACCAUGUGAAGAAGAUAAGAAAGAGGAAGAAGAUGAUAUAGAGAGAGAGAGAGAAUGUAGAUAGAAAAUGUAGAAAUUAAAUUACUUUCUCAUAUAUCUAUUACAAAGGUAUGUUCAUCUAUUUAUAGAAGAAUCAAAAGUCCCGUUGGGAGAGUGUUGUUGCAGUCUUCAAGUGGAAACUGUUGUUAUAGGAAGUGUAAUUGUCGGACGAUUUAAACUGGUCAUGGGAGUUGUAACAUCUUGGUUGAACCAUUCCCAAGUGGAGUGACUAGUUCUCAUUCAUUUGGAUCUUCUUCUUAAAUACAAACUCUGUACCUCUAGAGAAAUAUAAUAAAUAAACACAAAAACAAGUCUCACUGCAUCGCAAUCCAAUCCCUUCUCUAAUCCUCAUAGUUGUCGAGCUAUUUUUGAAGAAAUGGCUUCUCGUCGACGAGUAAUAACGGAUAUGGCCAGCAGCACCCACCCUCAGCAAACCUUUGGAGCAGCCCUCCUCUUCUUCUUCAUACUGAUCACAUCCAUCAUGCGGGCAUUGGCAAGUACCCUCACGAUAUUCGAGGGGCCUAGAUGCAGUGGAAAGAGCAAGGACAUCAAUAGUUGUGGGUGCUUCAACCUCUAUGUUUACAUUGGCAGCUUUCACUUUGUGUACAUGGAGGGGUAGGCAGCCGAGCUUUACGCUUUCUACAACUGUGCCAGCUACGAGCUUCCCGACCGUCUCCACGUGGAGACCUACAGCUACAUUGGCAAUGAGUACAGCAGCAUGAGGAUACUUUGUUAACUGGACACGUACUAGAUCUUCAUCUAUUCUUGGUGGGGAUGCUAGCAGGUUGAAUAAUGAAGAAAAAUAAGAGGCUGGUGUCACUCCAUAUGUUGUUAUAGUAAGAUUAUUGAGUGAAUAAACAAGUACCAUUGAAUGUAUUAUGUUUUGUGUUUUCCCUCGCAUUUUGUACCUAACAUGGUUUAUUAGUGAAGCUAGGGCGAUACGAUCUAUGUACCCCACUAACCAAAGCCUAUUUAGUUACUGAUAAGUUUUCACUAUCUUAAGUUAAUAAUUAGUAAAUAAUAUAGUUUUACCCUUAACUCGUGAUAUAUAGACUCAUAUUUGUGUUAAAGUGUGAAAAGAGGUUUUUAGUUGAUUAAUAUGAAUUUUGGGGUAAUUAUGUGAUUUUACAUGAAAUUAUAUAAUUUUUAUAGUCUUACUUUUGAGAUAAAUGAUGAAAAAGAAAUAAAAAAUAAAAAUAAGAUAAAAUGAGGGGGACCCGUUGGCUAGCCAGGCCCGCAAGCGAGUCGGAAGCUCAGUUGGGGAGUAGUUGUGAGUAAGGGCUCAAGCGACCUAGACCGAUAGGGGCACAUGUGCACCAUUCCCCUUCCAUGUCACCGGUGGCCAGCGGGCUGCGGGGCAAGGAGUGGUUGUAUAUGUGAGAGAAGGGAUUUGCUUAUAAAUGAAAUAGUAGUAUAUAUUUGCCCGAAACAUCGACGCACAACCAAUGUAAGACUAAACCUGCAUUACCUUCCCCAAAAAAGGGCAGGCAAUCGGCAUGGGUUCAAAUCCUCUUAGAGUCAAAAGUCACAUAUUUUUAUUUGAUUAUUGCGACUUUCCAACAGAUCACCGGUGAAAGAUUAAGCGAUUAGUAUCGCUAGAUCAUCGACCAAAAGCUCGUCAACAUGAUUCGUAGAGUAUUGCUACUAAAAUUACUAAACGAUUCGUGAUAAAAGAAUUGUGAAUCCAUCGAGUAAAUUAUCUCCGAUUGAUUGAUGAACAAGCUGUCGUGAAGAAGAGGACGAUCCGCUGGGAGAUGAGUCGCCACCUCCUGAGAGCAUACCAGAUGUGAUGAAGAGCCUCUACUUGUUGUGCAGACUUGAGGAUGAAGCUCCCUGACACGCGCCCCUCCUCCAUCCAACUCCUCUCUAUCAGGUGACAACCAUUGGAGAGCCGCAAAGUCACCAUUUUUCCACUUCGUCGGGUGA